AUGCCGUUCAAAGGUCGAGCUGAAGAAACUCCUAAAAUGCUCCAAAGAUUCUACCAGAACUACAAGCUCUUCAAGCGAGAGAUCCUGGAUGACGUGGAAAAGACCACCCAGUACGAAUGGCACUGUCGCUCGCGCCGUAUCUUCGUCCUACACUCCGUGGCCAUCGCGGGCACCUCGAUACCUGCGAACGUACGGAACGUCAGGGCAAUACUAGCCCAGAAGAUGUAUGUUGAGGCCAGUCAGUACGCGCCGGAGAUGGACCCCUGGCGAGGCACGCACCGAGUGGACAGCAAGUGGUCGGAGGGGUAUUAUCGGAGACUUGAGAGGCUAAAACGGCACCCUGCUAUGCCGCGACGGGACGGCGACUUGUUCUACGAUCUGAUACACGAGGUUGGAUCUGAAUAUGGCAUAUCCUCUCUGACGCGCCACCAUUUCACGACAAUGAGUUGGUUAUGGGCUCCUUGA